UUGCCGGACGGGUCUCACACCUCGAAAGAGUGUAAGAUGGUCACACGUCUUCGUCACAGAUCCGUUGCUACUGCAACUUGCGCCAGUGUAUGUCCUUCUUCAGCAGCGUACCUGUGUGCUACACCAUCCAGGGAUGCUUCUCCCAUACCAGACCAGCUUUUCAAAUUUUCCCGGGCCGUCCCUUCUCGCCAAAACCAACAUCACUACCAACCAAUCAGAGGAAUUUAG